CUCGCGGUUUUACUCACUCGCUCGUAGGACUGAGCGCGAGUCUCAAUCUGCCCAGGGCGAGGGCAAGACGCACUGCAAGAACGCGCAAGUUCAGACGAGGCGUCUAAAGUGCACGCAACAUCGCUCUCUGCGCACAAACGCGUUACACAAGCGUUCAACGUGACAGGGAAAGAUCGCUACUGGAAGAGUGAUUUCACUUUCAACACCACUUCUGAGGACAUCAACCAAAGACAGCGCGAGAACCCGUGUAGAAGAGGGUUAGAAAGUUUCCGACCUGCUCUCUGUUUUUUUGUUUUAGUUUUAUUUGUUUUCUCCAAGAUGAAUGCCGGGGAAGAAAACUUGCUGAAAUCGAUCAGUAACGACACCCUGCUGGACCUGACGCAGCGGUACGGACAGUCCGCUUUUGGUUUCGGCGCUGGCCAUGGUGCUGGAGGUCCUGGCCGUUUCUCCCUCACACCUGCCGCGGAAUUCCUCUCCGGUCAAACAGGAAAGUCGAACGAAAGUGGCGGGGAGCAGACCAGCGACGACGACGACGGCUUCGACCACAUCGAGAGCCGUAAGAGACCUGCUGGGUUCGACGAGGACACGCAUUCAGGUACACUCGCCAAAAAGCCGAAAGAGCAGAGAUCUCUCCGGUUGAGCAUCAACGCACGUGAGCGGAGACGAAUGCACGACCUCAACGACGCACUGGACGGCCUGAGGUCUGUGAUUCCUUACGCACACAGUCCGUCUGUGAGAAAACUGUCGAAAAUCGCAACUUUGCUUCUUGCAAAAAACUACAUCCUAAUGCAGGCACAAGCGCUGGAGGAAAUGCGCCGGUUGGUCGCUUAUCUAAACCAAGGACAGACAAUAACUUCACCGAUGCCCACCGCGCUGGCGCCUUUCGGACAGGCGGCUGUAUACCCGUUUUCCGGCACGGCACUGGCCACCUGCGCGGAGAAAUGCAGCUCGUUCUCCGGGACCCCAUCCAAUCUCUUCAAACACUGCAACGACAAGCCUUGAGCCUAAACUUCUACCUGCUUUAUCCUUGUGUCGGUCUAAAUGCGCGUUGUUGGGAGUGGGUUUAGGUUUAAUUAAAUCCCUGCUAAAUGUCUAAAUAACUACGAUGUUUCAUCCAGAUUUAGAUAAUAAUGUUAAAUAAAAUCAGUAUCAACUGAGGGCCACCGUAUUAUUGGAAUAAGCUUCUAAAUCUCUCAGUUUCCUCUGCUUUUACCCUUUUCAAGCUAAGGAUUCAAAUAUAUUUGUGGAAAUAAAGUUUUAACGAAGUUUUUGUUACUUGACCACAGCUUGCGGAGAAUCUGUUUGUUAAUACAAACCUCAAGUUUCCCCUUUUCCUUAUUGGUGAACUAUGCAAUUUACUGCAAUGAAAACGACAUGACCCCCUAAAAUAACUUAUUAAAAUUAGUUUUGUGAAAGAAUGGUUGCAAAACAAGUUUGUCUGAAAUGAAUAAACAGCGCUGUUUAUUAGGAAAAUCGGUGUAACGUUUAAAAAUCAUUGGCCUAAAAUAUUUUGUUUUUGUUAUUGCACAAUUCACUUGAUUGUAUGUACAACUGUGAAGAACUACUUGAUCAAGUCUACAAUCAUUUGAUCUUGUUGCGACAUAAGUUUCAUACUGUAUAUUGUUUAUAUGUCUUUAUAAUUAAAACAUAUAUAUGAGCAUCUCUCUUUUGUUUUGUUUUCAUACGAUUUUAAUUAAAUUUCAAGCUGUUUAAUUGUGCAAUUAUUAUUUCAUCUUUAUAAAUGAAUUUAUUUUUAUUUUAUUUUCCAUUGAAAACCAGUAUUUUGGGGAGCAAAUGCCAGUGAGAAUGUAAUAAAAUCGUGUUGUGCACAGAAGUUCAAACUGUUCGGGAAUCUGGCCUAAUAGACACUUUUUUAAAACUUACACCUUAUUUCAGUUCCCAUGUUAUAGCAAAUAGGAUGUUUUUUAAAAAGCGUUUAAUAACAUUUAAUAGCUUUUGAAAAGCUACAUUUCCAAAAUAAAAGCUUGCUGCUUGAUUAGUGCCUACCACGUGAACACUAUUGUCUGUCACACACUUCAGCUCCAUAAACACAUUUACGCAUUAAGGGUUGUGUCGUACAUUGUAAUCUCUAUUGAAUUUGUAUGCUCGUAAUCUAUUAAAUUAGACUGGUCUCUGCUUUUUGCUGGUAAACUACAUGGCCUAGUGCUGUUCAGCAGGGCGCCGGAAGCGCCUCGGGGCCAAAAGGACCUGUCUGUGGGUAUUUGUGUGAUCGUGAAUGGGCGUUCUGUAACUUACCCGUUCCACUUAUUAACACGAUUUCUGUGCCUGUCUUCCUCAGCCUGAUAACGCAUGACCGCAGUAAGACUGUUUCUAGAGUCUUGGUUUACUUUUUAAACAUAGGCCUAAUAAUUUUUUUUGGAUUAGGUG